GCCCGUUCGUUGCAAUAAAUUCCCGAUUUGCCCCAUUUUCCUCGCGUGUCGGUAAAAAUAUAAAACCUUAGUACAGGUUGAUAUUUCCUUCGAAUAUAUUCCUUUCUUCUUAAUUAUAUUUAAUAAAUUAUGUAAUUAAUAACUGUGUACUACAAAAAUGCAUACAACGCGCUGCAUUUGUGACACCGAAAUGAUACAAAGCAUUUAUGUUCAAGCUAAGUGAAGCCGCAUUAUAACGAACGCUCAAUCUUAUUAAUUUUGUUCCAUAUUGAGCAACAUGACAAGAACUACCACGACAGAUCCGCUACAGUUAUUGCAAAGGUUCGGUGGUUCGACCACACCAGCAACAACCACCAGCACCACAUCGAACGGGGUCACCAAAUCUAGUGCCAAUGGCAGCAAGCGGCCAACGCCUAUCAUGAUAUACCCCACAGUGACCCCGGAAUCGAUAGUGGUACCAAUAGUGUCCUGUAUAUUCGGGUUCCCGCUGCUUGCACUGACCGUAAUAUGCUGCCUCAGGCGGCGUGCCAAACUAGCCAGGGAACGUGCCAGGCGUCGCAACUGCGAGUUGGAUCGCGGCGAGCUGUCCGUCGUACGUCUGUCCCCCGUCAAAGCCAAGCCUCGGGCGGUCAGCUUGGUGCGUUCGCCGCGACCGCCGCCCACCCUAGAACUCGACACCGUGCUCGAAGAGAGAUCUGACCCGGAGCAGACCACACUCUCACAAGUAGAAAUUACUCCUGACCGAGAAGUGGGAGCCAUUUUGUUCAGCGCGGUGGGCGCUGUCGGUACCGCCGCUGCAGCCGCGGGGUAUGCUCGGGACAGCUAGCGACGCGGGU